AUGGACGACGACAGCGACAUUGGGGAAGAGCCCACCACGGAGGAAGAUUCGGACAGAGACGAUGACAGCUCUGACUCGGAGAUGGGGUUCGUUGGCGGCGCCAGGCCGGCGCGGGCGCGCACGGCCCACGAGGAGGAGAAGGAGAUGGAGGCGGAAAUCAGGGCACAGCUUGAGGAUAAGUUGAAAACAGGAUGGGCAUCAGGUGUGUUCUGCUUCCUUUGCCGAGGAGGGAAUAAGAGAAAGCGGGUUGAUGACCUGAAGGCGUUAAUACAGCAUGCUGAAAAUUUUGGCGAGACUGCAAAGGCCAUGAAGCAGCAUAAGUGUUUGGGGCAGCUAUUGAGGGAGGAAUUUCAAAGAAAUGGCCGAUCGGUGGACCUUCCAGAUGGGACUGCAGUUGCUGAACGUGUCAGGGAUGGCACUGGGAUGGCUUCAAGGCUCGAUGAGCACCACGAUGAGAAUAUGGGGGACACUGUGGAUCCGUACAUCUUGAUUGUGUCAAAUAUACAAGAGAAUGAUGUGCAGCCUCAUACUCUGGGCACACUCUCAGAGAAGUUCAAGGACAUGCUCUUUGGACUGGGAUUUGAGCAUCCCAUCUACAACUUUGCUGUCUUUGUUGACAGGGACAGCAACCAGCUGAUUACUGAUCAUGGCACAGCAGUGGCAUUUGCAGUCCUGACAGAUCGGAGACAUCGGGAGGAAGCAGAUGUCCUUUUCAGGAACCAGCAGCGCGGACGGAUACAUUGGGAAGAGGCCAAGUGUGGUCCGCGGGGGAACAUAUGGUAUGUUUAUGAGGCCACUGUCUCUGACAUGGAGGCAUUGGAUCCCUUCAGGCAUAAUGUGCCCUGGAAGAAAGUGGCGUAUCAUGCCUCUGUGUAUGGCCCUGAACAGCAGAUACGGAGAAGGGAUCAGGAGCAAAGUGAAAACCUGUACCAAAUGGAGAGAAGGGCCAGAUUGAAAGAGAAGACGGUGGCAACAAUGAUGGAAGUGCUGGAUGAGAACCGACGGCGGGCAGAAGAAAUGCAAUUGGAGCUUGAAGACCAAUUAAAAACGAAUGAGCAGCUGUUUAACAAGUCGCAGAGUUCAACGGAGAACGAACACAAGAAGAUGCAUAAACUGAUGGAGGAUCUGGGGAGAAUGGAACUUGAAAUAGAGAGGGCGGUGAUGCGAACCUCCCAGACAAAGCAAAUGACACAGGAGACAUUGUCACAGUUGGUACAGCAGCAAAAGGAGCUGAAGAAACUGAGAGGGGAGAAGGAGGAAAUGGGAAAGCUCUGUGACAUGUAUGGAGAGAAGAUCAAGGCUAACGCGCUGUUCAAGAGGGAUAUAGAAGCAAAGCGCAAGGAGCUGGCUCACGAUGCCAAAGAGAGUCAGAGAAAGGUCCAGAAGGCAAUCGAAAAGAACAGGGAAUACAGUGAACAGACUGCCAAGGCGCGGAAGGCAUUGAAGCAGCUGGAAAAGGAAGCUGAGAACCCUGAAGCCAUCGAGCCUGGAUCGCUUGCUGCCCAGGCGCGAUUGCAGGAAGAUGAGAAUACAUUCAAGAGCAUGGGAAUCAUCUUGAACUUGAAGGAGAAAGACGGCCUGGAGAGGUUCCGUUCUUGUCGUUGGUGCAAAAAGGAGUUUGGCGACCCACCACCGUACUCCAUGAUCAGUGAUCCAAGAUUUGAGCAGAUGCGUCUGAGGUGCCGCGCCCUGCUGGUCCCUUGCAACCACGUCCAGUUCUGCUGGGAGUGUGCCAACGCGUUCUGGACGACUCCCGGCUUCGGGAAAAAGUGUGCGGACUGCGCUGAAACCCUGACGCAUGAACCGGCGAUCUGUCGAUUUCUUUUUGAUGCUUGA